AUCCGCACAUCUGCACAUAAGUAAGAGAACACCAGUGGGAAGGACAUAGUGCUAGGAGGAAGCAAGAAGAUAAGACGAGUUGGAACUGCAGGGGAGAAUCUCUAAUUCAGUGCAAUUCCAUCCUUUGUCUCAGCAAAUUGUGAGGAGGAAGAUUUGAAGGGCAGGAGACCCUGGAAGAGCUGGUGGAGAGGACAGCACCACAAGUGGCUUCAUGGAGUCGCAGGCAACAACAAAGGGAACAUUGUCAUCCUUUCCCCAGAUGGGUACCAUUUCCUUCCCACAAGGUCCAAUAGGAACACCUGUACCAUUUUAUAAAUCGAAAGCAUACCUGCAGAACUUCCUGAAAGGGGAGCCCAAGGUGCUGGGGACUGUCCAGAUCAUGAUCGCCCUGAUGAACUUUGCCUUGGGAAUGAUUAUCAUUUUGGUUCCUUCAAGAAGUUACAUAUAUACAAAUUUUAUUCUUAGCACUGGCUACAUAUUCUGGGGAACAGCAUUUUUCCUUGUCUCUGGCUCCCUCUCCAUUGCUGCAGAGAAUAAAACCACAAAUUCUCUGGUCCAAAGUAGCCUAGCAAUGAACACUGUCAGUGCAGUGGCAGCAGGGCUGGGAAUCAUCUUUUUAUCAAACAAAUUGUCAAUGGCUGAUUCAUCCUAUUAUUAUUGUACCCAUGAAAGUUCCUAUGAAACCUGUGCUUGCGGUUUGGCUGUGUUGCUGGGAAUCAAUGUGAUUCUACUAUUCCUCGCCAUAUUGGAAUUUGCCUUCUCCAUCGCAGGCUCAAGCUUUGGCUGUAAAGCAACUUGUUGUAGUCAGAGUGGGGUUACCAUCUUCAUGCCUUCUCCACCCCAAGUACCAGUUACUGAGGCAUAAAGAGGAGAGAAACUACUUCAAAGGAGAGCUGCUGACACCACCGCAUUACCUGGAAGUCAUCCUGACAGUCUCAUAUCACACAUGCUUCCCUGUUCCUCAGAGAAAGCUCCUUCCAUUACUGGCUGUUUUUCAAUGAAACUCAGAGCAAGUUGUCUCUGUUUUCCUGAAAUUCUUUGUUAAUAGUCCUUUUCAUUCUUAAUCAUGCACUGAUCACAUCUACUUCCCCAUUUUGCCCCCUCUUCUCUGACUAUCUUAGGAUCUGCUCACAAACUAUCAGCAAACAUAUCAGGAAAUCUUUUUCCUUUCGGUGCACAGGAAGACUAAUCUGCCCAAGACUCCCUAUGGAUGCUGGGAAAUAGGGUCAUUACAAGACAAGAGGAGAGAAGGAAAAGAGACGGGAAUGGGAGUACCAAACUACUUCUCUUCUGUUCUCCAUGAAUCAAGAUUCCCACCUAUGGAAUUUUCUGCUGCUCCUACCUGUGAAAUUGGAUGUUUCCACCUCCAGUGGCCUGGACUCCAUCAUCUUUGUUCUUUGCCCUCUCUGUUUGCUCCUCAAGCAUCCUGACGGUUGCUGUGAAUACCUCCUCUCAACACUGCCUCCCUGUCAUUGAGGCAUUUGUAGAGGAACUUAGGCUGAUCUCAAAGUUUCUUCAUCCUUUUCUGACCCCAGAGUUGCUCACACAAUCACAAAUUCCCUCAUAACUGAUCCCUUUCCUACCACCAAAGUCACCUUUCAGAACUUCCUCCUUUGGACUUUUCGACUGGGACUGAGAAGAGCUGUGGCUGAAGAUCCUGCCUUUGCUGUUUCAUAUCUAUGUGCCCAUAGCCUAAGUUUUCUGAACCUCAGUUUCCUUUCCUGUAAAAUAGGAUUAGCCAUGUCUAUACUAGUGAUCUCACAGGAGUGUUAUGAGCAUUCUAUGGCAGAGCAUAUUCCAAGUACUUUGUCAACCUAGGAAUGCCGACUAAGUGUCAGUGUGGUGGUGACAUAUAGUUGUGUACUCAGAGUAAGGAAAACUGAUUGUACAUCUGCCCCAGGGCCCUUCCUAGCUGUGUGACCCUGGUCACCUCACUGAACUUCAUCUCAGUCUCAGUUUUCUCAUCUGUAAAAUGAAGCCAAUAAUAGCCCUGCCUCCCGGAGUUUUAUUUCUUCUUGGCAAGGAGGACGUAAUGUUUGAAAAGUGUUUUGCACACCUUAAAGAGUGAUAUAAAUGCUAACUAGCUAACCGUCAUGUCAGGCAUUUUUAUUUCUCGUCUUUAUUAUUUUUCUAAAUUUCCCUCUUAUCACAGUCUAGUUUUAGAUAUUCUGGACUUUGGCUUGUAUAAAUUUUUGGAGACAGUUGAAGGAAAUUAGGACCCAAAUACUGUGGGGUUUCCCUUGCUCUAGCUGGAAGCUGAAGUUCCAAUUCAAAUAGGACCUUAAGAAGGAUUUAGUAGCUAUUAUGUCAAUAGCAAUGACUGUGACUACAGUAACAAUAAUGUCUGGCAUUUACAUACUUUUUUGAGGCGAUUUGUCACUUUAUCCUCACAGGAACUCUGGGUUGUGAUGAGAAUCUGCUUCAGUGACUUGCCCAGAGUCACAUGGCUAGAAAGCAAGUGUCUGAGGCCUAGUUUAAGUCAGUUUUUCCUGAAUCCAGAGCAAUCCUCUAGUUAAAGCUUUUCUGACUCCUUUAGGGUUUAAAGGCUAUAAUGUGGCUUACUGAGAAGAGUCCUGGCCUUGGCGUUCUCAAGUUUUCUUCUUGGGAUGUGGAAGUGAACAAAGCCGCUGACCUUUAAGAGUUGUGAGAGAACAUGGACAAGUCAGUUGACAUAUCUAGGAUCCACUUUCCUUAUGUAGAAGGGGGGAAAUGGUUUAAAUGAACCUCAUUUCAUCCUAAGCUCUAGGAAAUAAAGUAUAUUCUGAUAUUUCCUCUGCAGUUAAUUAAAGUGCAUCAUUUCUAAUAUUAACUAAUGUCUCGUCUUGGAGCCCCCACUCCAGUUUUGAAAACAUUGUUUGUUACAUAAGCUAAAGAAAACUCACCACAUGGGUUUUGGUUAUCUCUUUCAAAAUAAACUGUACUCUUUCCCGAAGAAACUUUGAUUUAAAUAGAGCAAAUUGUUUUACUAACCUCUUAAAUUUUUAUAAACCUUUACUGUCUAACCUCCUUCCUUCUCUCAACUUCCUGAUUACUGUUGAGAAUAUCAUUUUCCUUCUAGGCUCCCAGGAUCUCAAUCUUCAUGUUGUAAAAAUAGACUUGGACUCCAGGACUCCAAUCCCCAGAAUCCUUUGCUCCACUUCCCCAGAAUGCUUUGUAAUCACACUGAAUUCUCGCCUGGGCAAGAACACAAAUGAUUAUUUAAAGGAGUUCUCUGCCUACUGAGGGGUCUUUUGGACUUCCGUUUUGGAGCAGGGGGUGGCUUUUUUCAUAAUGUAGGUCAGAUUGUGUCUAGGCCUCUCUGUGGCCUAGACACGUGUUUUCUUACCUUGUAUUUUCUUUAAUCCUUAAUCUUUAAUAAACCUCAUAAAAAAUAUAAUACCCCUUGCAGAGAGAAACUCAUUUCUACCUGCCUCAGCUUCCCCUAAAUUUUAACUGUUACAGUUUUUGGUGACCACUAGAUUGGAUGAGUACUUCUCAAAUUUUUUAGCCUAGAUAAUGAUUUUUUAAAGCCACAUUUCUCUAAGAUUCUUUUUUAGAAAACCAUCUUGAUCUGCUCCUGCCUGCAGCCCCCGAUCCUGAUCUCUCUCUGUCCUCACUGGUCCCGGCCCUGCUCACCCCGGCAGCCUGUUCUGGCUCUUGCUUCCUGCUCCUGGCCUCUCGCCUAGUGCCCAAUCUCCCGGCCCUGCCUGCCUGUUUCUGUGCCCCAGACCCACAAGUGAGACCCCAUCUGGCUCAUUACCCAGAUCCUUGGAGCAGGUCGCACAGGACUCAUUUCUACCAGCUGGUAACAGGGGUAUUGACCACGUGGGUGGAUAGGAGAGUAGGAGGGGAGAGAGAAGAAACAGACUUUUUUAAGCAGGAACUUAAAAGCAAUGGCUAUUUUACAAGGAUGUCUUUUAAUUCCAUUGAUCCUUUUAUUGACUUCACCUGCGUUCCUUUUAGCUAAUGUUAGGGGAAAAACUCUGCCUCUCAGCGCACUAAGAGCCAGGCCUAAAGACACGCGGUCCUGGGUUAAAAUCUGGCCUCAGAUACUUCCCAGCUGUGGGGCCCUGGAUGGGUCCCUUAACCCCCAUUGCCUAGCCCUUACCACUCUGCCCUCUCACAAUAGACAUUUAAAUGGAUAAUUAUUUAAAAAAAAAUAGACCCAAGGAACUUUAAAGACUGGAGGUUAUAUAAUAUUAAGGCAUUUCAGACUCCAAUGGUUUUUUAAAAAAAUCUCUGUAUUUCUAUUGCAUUUUCCUGACUGUUUUGUUUAAGAUUUAACUUUGUGAUUUAAAAUUCAUAUAUCACUGGAUUCAAUAUUAUUCUGUCAUACUGUUCAUUUUAAUAUGCUGGGUUAACUACUGUUAAAUUCUGUUUUUUUCCCCUAUAACUGUGCUUAACAAACAUUAUUGAAUAAGCCAGUAUAUGAAAAAACAACCUUUCUAUUUUUGCCUUUGUAAAUUGUCACAUAGAGGAUAGAUGGACUUCUUCAGUACUGGUUACAAUUGCUAUAACAACCUUUGGAAAAUUUAAUGUGCUAAAUAUCUCAAAUGAUUUUAAGUGUUUUUUAAAUAUGAUUUUUGGAAUUUUUUUUUAACAAUCUCUAGUCAUUUUUGCCUGCCCCUACCAUGAGGUAAGGCCCAUUCUAGGAGCUGAAGUGAAAUACAAUUAUAAACCCCAAACUUCCCACAUGUGAAUGGAAGUUGGGCAGUUAAUCUCAGGGCAUUGGUACCCCUAAAAGCCUCCAAAAAAGGAGCACCCCUUUAUUUAUACUCUUCAGCUCACUACUUAACUUCCACCAGAAUGAUAUAUAGAUUUCUUGAUUAUGUUCUUAAUCCAAGAUGAGUUUUACUUUGUUUAAAAAUAUGUUUAAAUUACCAAGGUUGAAAGAUUGCUAUAUUUGUAAAAAAAUUGUGACAAAUAUCCAUCCAUACAUAGGUUUUUUAAAAAAUGCCAUACAGCAACUUAUGUGAAAUAUGAUAGUGUGUUUGUUUGCUAUUGUAAUUAAUUGGGCUAUUGAGAAUUUUGGGGAUGUUUAUAUCUACAUAUUUGUACUACUGUAUUUAAAAAAAAUGAAAAAUUGUUACCUUGUUCAACUCAUUUGCUACAGUGGAUCAUGGCCAGAUGAAGAGGAAAUGGAUCUCAUUUUUGGUGAGAAAGCCUUGCAUUCUAUAUUUUCUUAGCUGACACAGAGUGUCAAUGAUUUUAAGCUAUAUUUUUGAAUUUCUUAAAGACUUUUAUUGUUAUAUUUUUCUUGCAUGUGCAAUAUACUCUUUGGUUUUUUUUCUCUCCUUUUUAUAUUUGAAGCACAUGUCACCAGCAUUAAGAUUUUCUUUAACUUUUUGAUUUUUCUGUACUAUAAGUUUAAAAUACAUUUGCCAAUGCAUACCCCAAAAAGCUUGUGACUAUAAAAAUGAUGCCACUAAUUAUUUAAAAAAUUAUAGGACUUUGCUUAAUGAUUCUUUCUGAUUUCAGGACAAGAUAUACACACAAGAGCCAUUUCACAGAGCCAAAGAAAAGCCAAUCCAGGAUGGAUUGAUGCACUUCUAGGCCAAUACAAAGGUUUUGAACCUGGUGUGAGACUUGGGGUUGGGACACUUGACUUGUGUUAAGAUGUAGGUCUUCCUUGUGUCCAAACUCCCUCUGAAAAUACUCACAGACAAGUAUCCCUGAAACCCUAUAAUCUGGUCCCUUCCUUUUCUGUCUUUAAUAGUGUGGUACCUUUCUGUAGUCCUGGCUACUGACUGGGUAAAUGCAUCAUUUCUUAGAUCAUUUUGAUUGGGCCCUGAUUUUUUCUUUUUACUUGGAAUUUUUACAUAUAAGAUUUUGAUAGUCUAUAUUUUCAUCCAGAAAUUUUUAUCUUCUUUUGGAUUUUUCUGAUAUCUUUUAAAUUUCUCUUACCAAUUGAUUUAUAUACCUCAUACUUCAGCCAUGCAUCCCUAAGUGAUCCUGUAUUUGUCAAUCACCCUCUUAAUAGGGGAAUGUAAAAAAAAAUAUUAUUAUUUAAAUUGCAAAGUUUAAAUUCUUUUUGAGAAGAAUUUUAGGUAAAGAAAGAUGAUACUUCCUUGAAUCCAGAAACUGAACUGUUGGAGAAGACACCAUGAAGAUGCCUCCAGAUCACAAGCUUCACAAAGAAAGAGAUCAAGAAUGAACUUUGGAUGUAGUUGAUUGAACAUUUAUUUGUAUGUAUACUUUCAUGCCAAAGAGGACUGCCCCCUAACUGGCCUUUUGUCAAUGUGUCCAACAAUUAUUGUUUUUUUUUCUCUUAUUCUCAAAUUACUGUAAUAUUUAAGUUGAUUAUGUUUUCAUGAUCCUUUCUGGGGAAACUUCUCUCCCCAAUAACGAUCAAAUGGGGUGGGGGAUGUAAAAAUAGACUCGAAUCCAGGACUCCAAUCCCCAGAAUCCUUUGAUCCACUUCCCCAGAAUACUUUGUAAUCACACUGAAUUCUCACCUGGGCAAGAACACAAAUGAUUAUUUAAAGGAGUUCUCUACCUACUGAGGGGUCUUUUGGACUUCCAUUUUGGUGCAGAGGUGGCUUUUAUCAUAAUGUAGGUGAGGUUGUUUCUAGGUCUCUCUGUGGCCUAGACACAUGUUUUCUUACCCUGUAUUUUCUUUAAUCCUUAAACUUUAAUAAACCUCAUAAAAAUAUAA